GAUGACAUUUUCUGAGCAGAAUACCAAUGCUGCUACAUUUCUUCCCAGAGGUUUCUGACACUUCUUAUAUGCGGAUAAAAUUUCUCUCCAAGAAGCUUUUGUUUACAGGAAAGAAACAGCAUCUUCGUAAGAGUCUUCCUUAAAGAAAUGGCGUCAGAUAUUCCUGGCUCGGUGGCCUUGCCGGUGGCACCGAUGGCGAGUGGACAAGUGAGGAUGGCAGGAUCCAUGCCUUCACGAGGAGGGAAGCGUCGCUCUGGAAUGGACUUUGAUGAUGAAGAUGGAGAGGGACCCAGCAAAUUUUCAAGGUAUGAUGGUGAUCAAAUCUCUGGUGAUAAGGAAAAGUUUGCAAGGGAGAAUCACAGUGAAAUUGAGAGACGCAGGAGAAAUAAGAUGACACAGUACAUCACUGAGCUGUCUGACAUGGUGCCCACUUGUAGCGCCUUGGCUCGGAAGCCCGACAAGCUGACGAUUCUUCGGAUGGCGGUUUCACACAUGAAAUCCAUGAGGGGCACUGGGAACAAAUCUACUGAUGGAGCUUACAAGCCUUCAUUUCUUACAGAACAGGAACUGAAACAUCUUAUCCUGGAGGCUGCAGAUGGGUUCCUGUUUGUAGUUGCAGCAGAGACGGGAAGAGUGAUCUACGUAUCAGACUCUGUGACUCCUGUGCUGAACCAGCCCCAAUCUGAAUGGUUUGGCAGCACUUUGUAUGAACAGGUUCAUCCAGAUGAUGUGGAAAAGCUGCGAGAGCAACUGUGUACAUCUGAGAACUCUAUGACAGGACGAAUCCUCGACUUGAAGACUGGAACAGUAAAGAAAGAGGGUCAGCAGUCCUCAAUGAGAAUGUGCAUGGGAUCAAGGCGUUCCUUCAUUUGCAGGAUGAGGUGUGGAAAUGCUCCUCUGGAUCAUUUACCCCUGAACAGAAUAACCACCAUGAGAAAAAGAUUCAGGAAUGGCCUUGGCCCAGUAAAAGAAGGUGAAGCCCAGUAUGCUGUUGUCCAUUGCACUGGCUAUAUCAAGGCUUGGCCACCAGCAGGAAUGACUAUACCAGAGGAAGAUGCUGAUGUGGGACAAGGUAGCAAGUAUUGCCUCGUGGCAAUAGGAAGGCUGCAGGUAACCAGCUCUCCAGUUUGCAUGGACAUGAAUGGCAUGUCGGUCCCAACUGAGUUCUUGUCUAGGCACAAUUCUGAUGGAGUCAUCACCUUUGUCGACCCAAGGUGCAUCAGUGUCAUUGGCUACCAGCCCCAGGAUCUUCUGGGGAAAGAUAUUUUAGAAUUCUGCCAUCCUGAAGAUCAAAGCCAUUUGAGGGAGAGUUUCCAACAGGUUGUGAAACUGAAAGGUCAGGUCCUGUCUGUGAUGUAUCGUUUUCGUACCAAAAACCGGGAGUGGAUGCUGAUCAGAACCAGCAGCUUCACAUUUCAGAAUCCUUACUCUGAUGAGAUUGAAUACAUCAUCUGCACCAACACUAAUGUCAAACAACUUCAGCAGCAGCAAGCAGAACUUGAAGUACAUCAGAGAGAUGGGCUGUCCUCCUAUGACUUAUCUCAGGUGCCUGUUCCAAGUAUACCAGCUAAUGUUCAUGAGGGUGGAAAGUCUGUGGAAAAGCCUGAUGCUAUUUUCUCCCAAGAGAGAGAUCCUAGAUUUGCUGAGAUGUUUGCUGGAAUAACUGCUUCAGAUAAAAAAAUGAUGGCCUCAGCAUCCACAGCAGGAAACCAGCAACUUUACUCACAGGGAAGCCCAUUUCAGCCCGGACAUUCAGGAAAGACUUUCAGUUCAUCUGUGGUACACGUCCCUGGUGUGAACGACAUCCAGUCUUCUUCAUCAACAGGCCAGAAUCUGACACAGAUAUCUCGCCAGCUAAACCAGAGUCAGGUUGCCUGGACAGGAAAUCGCCCACCGUUUCCAGGACAGCAAAUUCCGUCUCAGUCUGGCAAGGCUCAGUCAUCUCCCUUUGGGAUUGGAACAAGUCAUACCUACCCAGCUGAUCCAUCAUCCUACAGUCCCCUUUCCAGCCCAGCCACCUCUUCUCCAAGUGGGAAUGCCUACUCCAGCCUAGCAAACCGAAGUGCAGGGUUUGCUGAAGGUGGCCAGAGCAGCAGCCAGUUCCAGGGGAGACCUUCUGAAGUCUGGUCCCAGUGGCAGAGCCAACACCACAACCAGCAAAGCAGUGACCAGCAUUCACACCCACAGCCCAGUCAGACCGAGGUGUUCCAGGACAUGCUGCCCAUGCCUGGGGAUCCGACGCAGGGUACUGGCAAUUACAACAUUGAAGAUUUUGCUGACCUGGGCAUGUUUCCACCGUUUUCUGAGUAGCCUGUGAAGCAGGAAUGGAAGUUGUUCUCCAAGGCCAUUUCAGUGUAAUUUUGGCUCUGCUUUUUCUGUGUUGCAUUUCUGUAGAAGCUACUAAACCAGAAGACACAUUUCUCAUGUUCCAGGUAGUGGUGUAGGGCUUGCUCUCUCCUCCUUGGGCUGCUUCAGUGCCAACAGAGGAGCCCCAGCACUUGUGAGUGUUCAUUGACAGCUCCAUUUAUUUUCUUCUGUUUUUUGUUUUAUUGUCAUCUACCUCAGAGAUGAAAAACUUUUCUUGAUUAAAAACAAAUAAUAAUCUCUGAGUCUUACAUAUUUGAAUGUGAAUGAUGCCUAAUAUUUCCUUUGAAUGGUAAUUUUUCAAUAGAUAACAAAGUAACAAAGACUAACAGAAAAAAGGUAAGGCAGUGUCUUGUUACAGUGUCUACCACUCAAUUUCGAUGCCUUGCUUUAAGCUUAAGUUUCUGGAAACAGACACAAUAUUCUGUUUUCUUUGAUUCUUGUAGGUUUUAGGUCACUUUAAAUGUGAGAAUAAGCAACAUAAUGUAGGCCUCUCUCACCAGAAGAUUCAGCUCCGCCUUUUCUAACUUAAACUUGAAUGUGUGUACAUUUUGGUACUUUAUGUAUAUCUUGUGCUGUAUGAAGUGAUUUCCUGAGGUACUGGUUUCUUUUGCUUUUACAGAGGGUCCAUUCUGGAGUGUACUGGAAAGGUUGACAAUAUAUGUGAAGGAUUUAGAUACCGUGGGAGUCUUCAUCACUUCACAUAGGUGUUCUUACUUUUAAUUCAGGUUGUUCUCUAUCCAGAACAAACAUUUGCUCACAUAAGCUACUUGUAUGUUUUUGCACUGAACUGAGGCCUAUAACUCUAUACAUUUCUCACUGGCUGCUUUAAUUUCUAUCGUUCUUGCUUUCCCAAAAAUAUUGCCUCGUAAAGAAAUGACUGUAAACACAUCAAGGUUGCAUUUUCUAUAUAAGCUACGUUUUCUUUCUGUGAAGUACUUUUUUAUACUGUGAAACCUCACAUUUUAACAGUGCAAGGUGGUGGCCUAGUACUAGGAAAUCGUUCAAGCUCAUUUGCUGCAAGCAGUGAGAUGGUUUUGUAGUGCAUAAUUUUUUUAGAGAGAGUUGGUAUUAGAUAUCAAUUGGACUGUUGUCCACUGCGUACACAGUGAUAACUUGAAUUUCUGCUUGGAUUCCCAAGCAAUCACUUCUGUUAAACCCCAUUAACCCUAUUCUGUUAAAUAUGGGAUUUUCAGCUUACCAAGUAUGUUGAGGACUCUUGCCUAAUCUGAAUGCUAUAUGCUUUUCCAGAGAGGUAAGUUAAUCACCUUGCUCCUGGGCAAGUCACCUACCAUAUGUCUUCAUCAGAAAAGCGGUAGGAUGUUUUUGAUUCAGGAUUUCAUAUGCAUGAAGAGUUACAGAGGUUUGGUUGGCAGGUCUGUGUUUUUAUCUGGAUGAUUUCUUCGGGGAUGGGAGGGGAAAGAAUCACUCUCAAGGGACAAGGACCCCGAGUUCUUCAUGCAGGUUGCUCAUAACCUUUCAGGCUGGAUGGUGGUGGCCAACCUUUGCAGAGGAGGAAGGGGGCAGCUUCCUUCAGCCUUUGUGUGUUCAGGGGCCAUCAUGGAGCUUGAAACAGCAACCCCAGGGCAUAGCCCCCAUCUAGAAGAUCUCAGUGUCUGCAACAGUUCUUAGACCCAAGGUCUCCCUUCUUGUAGCUCUUCUGGAAUGCUGGGGUGCCUCUGAUGGGGUGCACUGUGCACAUCACCGCAGUCCGUCUUGUCAGGAUAAUGUCUAGACUAGCAGGCAGGCCCCUGUCUUGCAUUCUGCUCUGGCCACACAGGUCUCAUGCAGCUGGUCUGCAGCCAACACCGCCUGGGGACCCAGCUUUAAGACUUACCCACAUGGUGAUGUUCCCAUCUGACUUUGCUUUCCUGGCCUUUUUUGAGAACAGCAUGUAGUUUUCAGUAUCCAGGAAGAGUCCUUCCUACUGUUUCUCUCACUAAAUCUGGGACCAAUCUCUUACCCUGCAUGCAAGUGGGGCUAGGGACUCUCUUUUUAGGGUUGUUUUUUUUUUUAUAUCUCUAGAUGCAGUGCAGGAAAGGCCUCAGGUAGCCUGGUCUGUACUUGCCUCAGCAAAAUCACACUAAGAACAAAAAAAACAACCUCAUAUCUCUUCUAUCUUUUCCCAGGGAUUGGGAAAAUACCUUCUUAGGUGAGCAAGCCAUGUGCUUACACACUGUUCUUUUAAAUACAUGGGUGUUUAUUCUCUUGGAGCCUUCUCCCUUUCCACUCGGGCUGCUCAGCUGAGUGGCUGCUCAUUGAAUUAGAUAAGCAAAGCUCUGCUGUCCCAGAGUGAAAUUCAUUGAUGUCUGUGAAAGGUGCCUGAAUUCUGCGCUGGCUGGAGGGAGGUGGUUGAUGUCUGCACAGUGGGAUGUGCUUUCAAAGGGGCUGACCACACCAGAGAGAGCAGUAGAUGAGCAGUUUAGUUUACAUCUCUCCUUGACAUGAUAAACAUCAGUUCUUCUAAAAUGUUUUUUAAAAUGUUUAUCUGUAAAGAGAAAAAAAAAUGCUGUUCCUCUGUUUUAUUUUACCCAACAAACUGCUCAAAGUAAAUUUAUAAUUAACCUCUGUUCCCAAAUUCAAUCAAAAAGUAAAUUCCUCAAAGUAAUUUUCUUUCUCCUAAUCUCAGUGAUGGCAACUUCCUCAGCGUGUCAUGGUUUUUAUACUACUGUAGGAGGCUUCUUGUGUACAGAAUUUGGCUGUGCCGUUAGAAGAGCACUGUUAGCAGAAUUUCAAGCACAUCUCUCUUUUUUUGUUGUUCCUUUUUGAAAUAGGGUAUUAUGUUUUUUAAGCCAAUAUGUCUGAGGCAUCAGAGCAUGGACUGCUGCUCCCUUUGUAGACCACUCCUGCCUUUCUGGUUGUGAAAGGAGGUAACUACUCUGUCUUCAGGGGCAGUCUGGAUAGUGCCAGGUUUGGGGUUUCCCUGUGAGCCAUUGUCAUCUGCUGUUUCUGUUCUGCCACCCCGAGCCUUUGCUUUCUUGGCAUUUCCACCCUUCCUUACCUCCCUUCCCAUUCCCAGCCAUCCCAUCUCUGUGGCACUUCCCCAUGCCCAAGCGGGAGGCGUUGGGUCUCAGUUCCCAAACCAGUGAGGAGGGAGCACUUCAUGAGCCUGAAGUCUGGCAACUUUGUGCUUCUGACCAAGCCAACGAGCACGUUCAGCGUUUGCUGCUGCUGCUGCUGCUGGGCACCCUGCUCUGCCCUGGCCCUCUGCUGCCGUCCUGUCAGUGGCUUCUCCUCUUAAACAACCUCCUCCCAGGUCUUGUGGCCAAACAAAGCUGCGUAGCAUUGGCUGUGCUGUAUCUUUUUGUCACGUGUUUCGUUACUAAAGGCAACUUACUUAUUCUAUAGCUGAAGUUAUCAAGUGCAUUUGGAAUGCUAACGUUUUUAUUAGGUGCCCUUGGUGUAGCUUUGCUGGCCCUUUGGCUGCCAGUUUCCACUAUUUCACAGGUGGUGGGUUUUUAUUUCUGUUGUGGUUUUUAAGCUGGAAGUAAAGCUGUGAUUUCUGAUCAAACUGUGCUGCGAACACCGUGUUUCUUGAAAUUGAAUCUUUUGGUUUUUAAACUGAUGGAGCAAGAAAUGCCAAAUAGUAAUGGUCUGGGUGAGUUAUUUCAAUGAGCGGUCACGUAGACUGAGAUUUUAGACACUAAAGUAUUUACAUCAUUUAUGCAGACAAGUUUAACAAGAGGGACUCCAUCACAUCCCGUGUUAAAAGUGCUACUGGCAGUAUCUACAGUGAUGCUUUAACCAGAUAGUUCCAUUUGUAGCUUUGUUGGCUCUUUGGGUUUUUUUUCUUUUGAAGUACAGUAUGAAACUGUAAAUACUUCUUGCAGUGCUGCCUUUUUAACUCUUAAUUACUUUUGGCACAGUGUUAAAUAGUGUUGGAUUUACCCAAUUGCUAUGACAUAUAUUUUUAUACAUAGGUGUACUCUUUUUUCGAGAAUAAUACAGCCAUUUUGUCAUUAAUGCCUUAUUAGUGUCAUACUGCUGUUGCUCUUUGUUUGCAAGGUAUCGAGUGGACUAAUUUCUAGUUCAGAUAUUUUCACUUUUCCUGGCAGUGCUCAAGUUUGGCUUCAGGUAAUUUUUGCCAGAGUCCCAUUUUUCACAGUUGUUGGCUGUGAGUGAAGGAGGAUGUGGGCUUGUUUUUGUUAAUGGAGCAAAGAAAAGGUGAUGGCAUCUAAUUGUCUUUAAAAGGUCAGUCUUUUCCUACUCCAAACCGGAGUGCAUUUCAUGAAGCUGAUGGCUGUGGGCACUGAUUACUUUGUGUAGAGUAAUGGUCUUAAAAAAAUAAAAAAGGAAAAUUAAACAACUCCAAAAAUGGGUUUCUGUCAUUGUUAGGCACUUGGUUACUUAUCUGUUUAAACUCUUCAGAUUGAUGUGAAAUUGUGCUGUGGAUAAAGUGUAUUUUGUACUUCUGAAUGUUCUAUAUUUAUGACUAACAAGUACAGAAUCAGUUGUGUGUAUGUAUAACUAAUAACUGCCUUUUUAAAUUUCAUUAAAAUAAAAAUGUCAUGAGCUGUUGUUAA